UUUCCCGGGCCGGGAGCGCGGGGCCUGCCGGGAAGGAGCCGGGACAGUUGUGCGCUGUGCCCGCGGAGGCGCGGCGGGCCUUCGACAUGCAGAGCACGGACCUGGGCAACAAGGAGAGCGGCAAGAUAUGGCACCGCAAGCCGUCCCCGGCCACUCGGGACGGAAUUAUAGUGAACAUCAUUCACAACACUUCUGAUUACCUUCCCAAAGUUCUGCGAUUUUUGAAUGUGGCUUUUGAUAGCUCAGGUGAUUGCUUACUUGCUGGCGACCAUCAAGGAAAUAUCUACGUGUUUGACUUGUAUGGAAACAGGUUUAAUCUUGUUCAGCGAACAGCACAAGCUUGCACAGCUCUGGCCUUUAAUCUUCAUAGGAAGUCUGAAUUCCUUGUGGCAUUAGCUGAUUAUUCUGUUAAAUGUUUCGAUACAGUCACCAAGGAGCUGGUUAGCUGGAUGAGAGGCCAUGAGUCGUCAGUGUUUUCGAUCUCCGUGCAUGCAUCGGGGAGGUACGCCAUCACCACUUCCUCUGAUACGGCACAGCUCUGGGACUUGGACACCUUUCAGAGGAAGCGGAAGCUGAAUAUUCUCCAGUCUGUGGGUAUACAAAAGGUUUUCUUUCUACCGUUGAGUAAUACCAUCCUCAGCUGUUUUAAAGAUAAUUCCAUCUUCGCCUGGGAAUGUGAUACUCUUUUUUGCAAAUAUCAAUUGCCAGCUCCACCAGAAAGCUCCAGUAUAUUAUACAAAGUGUUUGCUGUGACCAGAGAUGGUCGAAUCCUGGCUGCUGGAGGCAAAUCAAAUCAUCUUCAUUUAUGGUGCUUAGAAGCUAAGCAGCUAUUUAGAAUUAUCCAGAUGCCUACUAAAGUUCGAGCCAUUCGCCAUCUAGAGUUUCUUCCUGAUAGUUUCGAUGCUGGUUCUAAUCAGGUUCUUGGAGUGCUAAGUCAAGAUGGUAUCAUGAGAUUCAUCAAUAUACAGACUUGCAAGCUUCUCUUUGAAAUCGGCAGCCUUGAUGAGGGAAUUAGCUCGGCGGUGGUCAGCCCCCACGGACGGUACAUUGCGUCCAUCAUGGAGAAUGGAAGUCUGAACAUAUAUUCAGUUCAGGCUUUAACACAAGAGAUAAAUAAGCCGCCUCCUCCUUUAGUGAAAGUGAUUGAAGAUUUGCCUAAGAGUAAACUGAAUGCUGGUGAUCUUAAGGUAAAAGUAACAUCGAGAAGGGUCCAGCGGCCAUCAAAAUCAAGGGAAAACAAAAUACAGACGAGAAUAUUAAAACAAGACCGGGCUGGUCAUUGUGAAAAUAAAGAGAAUGAGUUGUCAGAGGGAUUAAGCAAAAAGCGUUUACAAAUCUUAUUAAAAGGCUAUGGUGAAUAUCCAACAAAAUAUAGAAUGUUCAUUUGGCGCUAUCUGCUACAACUGCCUGAAAAUCAUACUGCAUUUAGUAACCUAAUAGAUAAGGGUAUUCAUGCGGCCUUUCUCAACCUCCAGAAGAACUACCCCAUCAAAAGUAGGAAACUACUCAGAGUAUUACAGAGAACCCUAUCUGCAUUAGCUCACUGGUCUGCCAUCUUUAGCGACACACCAUAUCUUCCACUCUUGGCAUUUCCAUUUGUAAAAUUAUUCCAGAACAACCAACUCCUCUGUUUUGAAGUUAUUGCUACUCUCAUAAUCAAUUGGUGUCAGCACUGGUUUGAAUAUUUCCCUAACCCUCCUAUCAACGUUCUGAGUGUGGUAGAAAAUGUUCUGGCGUUUCAUGACAGGACGCUGCUACAGCACUUCAUGGAGCAUGACGUAACUUCCCAGUUAUAUGCGUGGCCUCUUCUUGAAACUGUGUUCUCAGAAGUACUAACAAGAGAGGAGUGGCUUAAAUUAUUUGAUAAUGUCUUUUCCAACCAUCCCUCGUUCCUCCUGAUGACUGUCGUAGCCUACAACAUAUGUUCGAGGGCUCCUUUGCUCAACUGUAAUCUUAAAGAUGAUUUCGAGUAUUUUUUUCACCAUCGGAAUAAUGUGGACAUCAGCGUCGUAAUUCGAGAAGUUUAUCAUCUCAUGGACACCACGCCUGCCGAUAUUCAUCCAAACAGCAUGCUUGAUGCUUUUGUGUCGCUGACAAAAGGGCAGUAUCCAGUGUUUAAUAAAUAUCCAAAGUUCGUUGUGGACUAUCAGACACAGGAACGAGAAAGAAUAAGGAACGAUGAAUUGGAUUACCUCAGAGAGAGGCAGACGGUUGAAGAUAUGCAAGCUGAAGUAGACCAGCAAAGAGAUGAAGAUGAAGCUUGGUACCAAAAACAAGAACUACUUCGUAAAGCUGAAGAAACAAGGAGAGAAAUGCUCUUACAAGAGGAGGAGAAAAUGAUACAACAAAGACAGAAACUAGCUGCUGUGAAAAGAGAACUGAAAGUAAAGGAAAUGCAUUUACAAGAUGCUGCAAGAAGGCGUUUUCUGAAGCUUCAGCAAGAUCAACGUGAAAUGGAAUUAAGAAGACUGGAUGAUGAAAUUGAGAGAAAGGUACACAUGAGAGAUCGAGAAAUUGCUACCACAGCCAAGGACCUAGAAAUGAGACGUCUGGAACUCGAAUCACAAAAAAGACUUUAUGAGAAGAAUCUUAGUACAAGUCAAGAAGCUAUUGCAAAAGAAAUGAGAGAAGAUGCAGAUGCCUAUAGACGAAAAGUGGAUCUUGAAGAACACGUGUUUCAUAAACUGAUGGAAACACAUCAAACUCAGAUCCAAAACACCCAGAAGUUAAUUGAAGAAAAUUUGGCAAAAGCUGAACAAGCAUGUCUGAAUACUGACUGGCGAAUUCAAGCUUUACGUAAGCAAAGAAGUGGUGAUCUACAGCGAAAUGAGUGUUACCAGGAAAUGGCCAAACUCCUUCAGAAAAACAGAAGGAAAGAAAUAGAAGUAUUAAAUGCAUUGAGCGAGGAGGAAGCUAAAAAGUGGGAGGAAGCCAAAGAAAAAGACUUCCAUUUGAAAUCGGAAAGGAAGGUUUCUGCCCUUUCAGACGCAUCUAGAAAGUGGUUUCUAGAGAAGGAGAUAAGUGACGCUGUGGAGCAUGCUGAGCAUCCGCAUGGUAAAGUAGUGCCCAGAUGCCAAAAUGAGCAGGUCGCCUCAAGCUGUUUUCCUGCAACCUCCCAAUCAAGUGACAUUUCUGAGAUGGAUUCCUCAACACGGAUUUCUUUAAGUCAAAGAAGAGUACAGUGGGACGGCGUGGAACGGGACCUGAUGGAGAGAGUGAGAAAUCUUCGCCAGAGACUCACGGCCCGGGCGCGCCACAGGUGUCAGACGCCUCACCUUUUGGCUGCGUAGGAGGCUUGUCACCCUGAGAUAGUCAAAGAGAGAGAGACCUAUUUUGCAAUCAGUGACACUGAUUUUUAGAUUAUUUAUUGUAAAUUCCUAUAGAGAUCAGCCUUUUGUAUAGAAAAAUGUGCAUAUAAAAAUUGUGUUCUAUUUAAUUCUGAUGCUUUUUGGCUUGUAAAUGGCUUCUUGUACUUUCCACAAUAAAAAAAUGUUU